CACAUCUGGCAUCACCGAUUGGCAGCUACAAAAGCAACAAGUUCUCAACAAGUAUUGUUUAUAUCUAUUUUUGUUACCUCACGCACUGGUUGAUAUAAAUAAUUUCUUUAAGUUUUCCUCCUUAAUUAUAUUAUUUUGUAAAUAAUCACAUCAACAAAAUGCGCCAAUUGAAGGGAAAAGUUAAGGAAACACGCAAACAGCGUAAAGAACGUAAAUUGGAAAACAUGGAAAUACACAAUCAAAUGAAAACUGUGGUCUUACCCAUUUUGGGUGUUUUGGUCUUUGUUAUUGUGGCAUUUGUCUAUGUUAAAACCCGGCCUUCUGUAAUGGCCUAAACGAAAAGAAACUUCCCUCCUUAGUUGGACAGUGGCGCAAUAGUUCAAUGAACUCUUUAUAUGGAUAUAAAAUGAAAUAUUUAUUAUUGUUAUUAGAU